AAAAAGACAUAAAUAGUCUUUUUAAAACCAUUUUUUUAGCUUUCAUGGAAACUAAAACUGAUGAGUUAUCAAUAAAAAAUCCUUAUAUUGAACGGAAAGAGGGAGACCUUAAAUCAUGGCCUAUCGAAAUAGAUAAGAGGGGACAAGAAAGAUUUCUUGAAUGGUGUCUUUGUUUUCUGGUAAUAAACUUUGAUAUUAAACUUGGGCAAGAUCUAGAAAUAAUUUAUCCGUAUUUUAAUUUUUCAGAAGAAGAGAGAAAAAAUAUCUGCUUUUCAUCAUUCCCUGAUUCGAACUUGAAAGAAGAAACAGAUAUUGUUUAUUCGUUCAGAAUCCGUUUAAAUACUUUAAAAAAAGAAAUCUAUAAUUUUAAUGCAAAUGAAAACUUCAUAAAUGGCUAUGUUUUUUUCAGUCAAAAAAGAGACACUUCCGCAGAAAGGGGAUAUUUUCAGAAAUCUAUUAUUUUAUUAAGUGUAAAUUCUUUUCCGGGUAUUUUUAGUAAAAUAGUAUCUAUAUUAGGUCAAAACUAUUUCUUAAAUUAUGAUAUUUCAGUUUUGGAAACUGCUGUGCGUACCAUUUCAAAAUGGCCUAGCCUUAAAUCAAAUUUUAUCCUAAAACUUCCUUUUAUGGGGGAUAUUUACUAUACAGAUAUUUUCCCAUCAUCUAUAGAAACUUCAAAUAUAGAAAAUAUAUAUUCUUUAAGAAAGUUUCCUACAGAAAAACAUAUAUCUGCAUUUACUUUUGGAGCACCUCUAUUUUUAUAUUUCCAUAGUACAAUAGUAUCUUUGUAUACAAUAUGGGAAGUUAUACUUCUUGGGAAACCUUUAUUAUUACUUACGGAUAAUCCAAAUAUAUCUACUGAAAUGGUUCUUGCAUUAAUGGAUCUAAUAAAACCUAUAAAAUAUUCUGGAGACUAUAGACCUUAUUUUACUAUUCAAGAAAAUGAUUUUACUGUAUUUUUAGAUCAAGCACAUGUAUCUUCUAAAGGCUUUAUCUUAGGUGUAACGAAUCCAGUAAUUAUUAAAUUCUUUGAAAAUAUUUGCAAUAUUAUAUUAAUGAGGAAAAACAACCUUAUAACAAAUACAAAUCAUAUUAAGCAGUAUUCUAUAGUUAUUACACCUAUUUUAAAAUUUAUACAUAAAAGAGCAGUAGCUAAAGAUAAAAAAUUUUUACAGAAAAUUUCGAAUAUACGUAUAAAUCUUUUAUCAAAAAGAGAUUAUAUUGUUUUAAAUAACUUUGUUUUAUAUCAUUUUUCAAAACUUACAGAAAAUUUUCUAAAACCAAUUGAUAAAUAUCUUUUUACAUUAAUGCCUACUGAAAUAAAUUUAUUUAAAGACAUACCCAAACUAAAACCAUUUAGGGAAAAAGACUUUCUUAAUUCAUUAGCAUCUUACGGGCCUUUUAUUCCCUUUAAAAAAACUGCAAAUUAUUCUAAGAGUUACACAUGUCGACUAUUUUAUGGCGAAUUUUUAAAAUCACCCAAUUUUUUUAGCUACUUACUUAAAAAACAAAAAAUUCUGUCAUCAGAACUUACUCAAAAAUACAUCAAACAUUCAUGUUAGUAAAUAUCAAAAAAAGCAUAGGGGAAAACAUAUUUGAAAUUAACAA